UGCAUAUCAGCCGACCAAGUAUUCGUGUAGUUUAACCAGGGAGCUGCCAAGUAGUGUAAUAAAAUCAAAAUAAUUGAAAGCAAAAAAUCCUUAAUACACACGCACACACAAGCAGACGUCUGGUGGGAGUGUGUGUGAGUGAGUGUAGGUGUGUGUUCAUGCGCAGGCGCCAAUUCGAGUUUCUGUGCAUUAAUUGCUUUUUGCGAAGUACUCUGCGUUCAGAUCGAAAGCCUUCGCUGGCGUUGGCCAUGUAGAACCACAUAUCAGCAGCGAGCAAGCGAAGUCAGAGAGGAAUCAUGGUGGAAUCCUCGAGCCUGGGGAGGACCCCUCCUGCGGCCCAGCAGCCCAUUCCGCAGCAGCACUCCCCCUCGCCCUCGGGUCUGCGGUGUGGCAACAUGGAGACGCGGGUGCGCGGCGCCUGGUAUCGCGUCCUCGUCACCCUGGAAACGGACUUCCUGGCCGUCAGUCUGGACGAAUCCUGCGAGGCGGCUCAGCCAUCCAACGAUGGACAAUCUACCACCCUGAACGGAACUUUGGGGAGCAACCACAGUGGCGGAGGAGGCGGAGGCGCCGGCGGAGGAGGCUCUGGUUCGGGAGGAGCUGGCCAAAACGGGACCCUGCCCAGCUCCGCCUCGCUGCAGGGGAUGAACAUCCAGGACACCGAGCUGGACGGAUCGGGCAGCAACGACAACGGGGAGCGCGAUCCCUGCCUGAACAACAACAACAACGCCGGCGACGGGGGCGGCAUGGAUAUGUGCGACGUACCUGACCACGUGGCCAACCAGAAGCGGCACGUGCGGAUCAUCAAGUCGGACAACAACGGCCUGGGCAUCUCGAUCAAGGGCGGCCGCGAGAACCGCAUGCCCAUCCUCAUCUCGAAGAUCUUCCGGGGCAUGGCCGCCGACCAGGCCAAGGGGCUCUACGUGGGCGACGCCAUCCUGACCGUCAACGGGGAGGAGCUGCGGGACGCCACCCACGACGAGGCGGUGCGGGCCCUCAAGCGCUCCGGUCGAGUGGUCGACCUGGAAGUGAAAUUCCUACGCGAAGUGACGCCCUACUUUCGGAAGGCGAGCAUCAUCUCGGAAGUUGGCUGGGAGCUCCAGCGGGCCUUCCUCUGUCCGCUGGGACCGGGCGUCCCCACCUCGCCGCCCGCCCCCAAGACGACACCCCGGGCGGAUACGCGAUAUAUACCGCUGCAGCUGACGCAUCUGGCCAGGAAUCUCAAGUACAUCGAUCCGGAGAACCGGUGCUUUGAACUCCACUCACCAGACGGAGUGCACUCCUGCAUCCUGCGGGCAGCGGACUCCGCGGAGGCCCUCGUCUGGUUCAAUGCCCUCCACUCGGCGAUGGGCAGCAGCACGCAGCGGGCGCUGGCGGAGGCCAACCGGGCGCUGACCAACCUCAUCGGCGAGCUGAAGCACAUCGGCUGGCUGAGCAAGCGGAUGAGCGGCGGGGGCGGCGGCGGAAGCUCCGGGAGCGCUGGGGGCGGAGCGGCCAGCGGGGGCAGCGGUACCUCGAACAGCGGCGUAGCUGGCGAGCUGCCCAGCGGUCGAUCCAGUUCGGAGAGCUCGGACGAGAGCGACAAGUGGCUGCCCAUUUUCGUGGCGGUGACGGAGCGCGAGUUCCGGAUAUACGAGAGUGCUCCGUGGUCGGUGGAGGCGUGGAGUCGUCCGCUGGAGAUCUACGCGCUGGCCACGACGCGACUGGCGGGCGCGGGCAACAACUCCUCGCUGAACGGCCAGCAGACCACGGUGUUCUGCGUCCGGUGCGGAACCGCCCGCGGGGUGCUCGUCUACUGGCUGCGCUCCGAGACGCACCGGGACAUGGCCGCCUGGGCCAGGUCGCUCGUCCAGGGCUCCCACCAGGCGGUGAACUACCAGAGGGAGUUCUCCUUCCGCUGCCUCUUCCAGGGGCGGCAGUGUCAAUUGGUUGUGCACAUAAACCGCGGCUUCUUCUUGUACGACUGCGGCGGGUUCGCUCCGACCACUCCCACGGUGGCCACCUCCAAGACGCAGCUCUGGCAGUUCGCCUUCGACAAGCUGAAGGGCUCCGCGGACGACGGCACCAGGAUGCUCUACCUGGACUUUGGCGAGGAUGGGGAGAUCGAACUGGACAUGGAGUGCUGUCCCAAGCCUGUGGUCUUCGUCGUGCACAACUGCCUGUCGGCCAAAGUUCAUAAUAUUGCCUAGGACGAGGUUGAGUUGGAGGGAACAAUCCAAUAGCUGUUGAUCCAAUUUAUUUAAUUAUUAGGCUGUCCAGAUCUGAAUGGUUGGGCCGAAAGUAUUAUUUAUUAUUGUGUUCUCAGACUCUUAAAUGUUGUUUUCAGCUACUGGUCGUCGCUAAAAAGCAGUCAUACGUGCAAUAUUUUAUUAACUCUGUCAAUUAGCCCAGAUUUAAUCAAGAAAAUUGAACUAAACGCUGGUUUUUGCAUUAAAAAUAUUGAUUUUAAAGCCCAAUGUUGGAAGAGCCUAAAAGUCGACCACAAAGCAUGUUCGGUUCAUUUAAAGUUUCAGCUUUUGUUUCGCCUAAGAUAUUAACAAUUAAACGUAAGUCCUACCAAAUUUUGACUUAGUUAAUUUAGCAAGAAGGGAUUAGAUAGUGGUAGAUGAGUGAGCAUUCCGCGCUUCCUGAUGGCUAUGGAAAUGGAUUAGUUGGAUAGGUUUAGCUGGAAGGUGGAGGCAGAAAACAAAGGUAGAUUUUUGAAAACAAAACACGAAGCACAAACCAAAAACCGAAAAUAAUGAAAAGUAAGAUACCACAGAACAACUUUAUUUACCUUGUAAGUAGGCGUAAAUUCAUUUUAUACGUGUGUCAUCUACACAGGUUACCAUCUAAAGUGAAAUCGAGAAAACGAAAUCGAACUCUAUGAACUCCACAACAUUUGCAUAAACGUUGAACAAUAAUUAUCGUAAUUGUACUUAACUAAUUGUAUCUUGAAUCUUGUAUCUAAACGAAGCACACAUAUCUCGAUGCCCACUCAGUGGCAUCGAUACCGAUCGACGAUCGUGGAGUAGGCUCCAAACUAAACUAUACAUCAAAUCAUAUGGUUACCUAAACGAUACAAGUAUAUCCAGGCCAUUUCGCAAUUUCUCCCCACUCUUCAUGUACAAGCCAUCGAUCAUAUGCAAUUAUUAUACAUUUAUAUCUACUUAUAACAUGGACACAUACUCAUUUUAUGAAAUUAGAAAUUUCGUUAUAGACAAAAACCACACAAAAUGAAGAACAACAAAAGUAAUGCAAGUAAUGACAAAAAUCAAUAAGAAAAUAACAAAGCAUAAGACGUACAAUAUUUUUAACGUAAGUAGUGUUGAAUCUUCGAUAAUAAACUUAUAUAUAUAAUACUAUACCAUCAAU